ACCUCGACCAAUCACUAAAGAGAAAUGUGUACACCUCACUUCCGGUAUAUUUGAGCUACGUUUGGGAGGAGAAGUAGAAGGAGGGAUGGCGCGGUAUUUAAAAGACUGCAGUGUGUCUUGUAAAUACUCAUGGGAUGAGUUGCAGGCUGUUUGUCGAAGACAGAAAUUAGUGUGCAAGCAUCUGGCUGUGACCGAGGACGACUUCAGUGACUAUGUGGUGGAUUAUCUGUGUAAUUAUAGAAAAAUUAAGAGUCAGGAGUUCUUCCUGGUAAAGUGGAAAGGCUACUCAGACUCAGAGAACACAUGGGAACCACACAAAAAUCUCAAAUGCCCCAAACUCCUCCAGCAGUUCCGGCAGGACAUGCGUCUAGCACUGCUUCGUGAUAAUAUGCCUCUGGACUCGAGCUCACUGGAAGCCUCGGCAGUUUCCUUCAUCCUCCAGAGGGCCAAGCAGCGCGUGAAGCUGCAGCGCUGGGAGGAAGAACUGAACCGAGCCUGUCAGCACAAGGGGCGCAUCUUUGUCAGGAAUGACGUGGACCUGGAUGGCCCUCCCAAAGACUUCACCUACAUCAACAACUAUAAGAUUGGGGGAGGUGUGGAGCUCAACGAAGCAGCAGUAGGGUGUGAAUGCACAGACUGUAUUAAAGCGCCUGUAAACGGCUGCUGUGCAGGAGCAUCAGAUAACUGUACAGCAUAUAAUGACAACAUGCAGGUGAAAAUCAGGCCUGGUAUGCCCAUCUACGAAUGUAACUCACAGUGCCAAUGUGGGAUAGACUGCAGGAACAGAGUGGUGCAGAGGGGCAUCCAGUAUGACUUGUGCAUCUUUAAAACAGCUAAUGGAAGAGGCUGGGGUGUGUGCACACUCGAGAGAAUUCCCAAGAACUCUUUCGUCAUGGAGUACCUUGGAGAGGUCAUCACCUCAGAGGAGGCCGAGAGAAGGGGACAGAUGUAUGAUCAGCAGGGUGUCACCUACUUGUUUGAUCUGGAUUAUGUGGCUGAUGUCUUUACUGUGGAUGCUGCCCACUAUGGAAAUAUUUCCCACUUUGUCAACCACAGUUGCAACCCAAACUUGCAGGUGUAUAAUGUUUUCAUCGACAACUUGGACGAACGGCUUCCCAAGAUUGCUUUCUUUGCGACAAGAGCAAUAAGAGCAGGAGAAGAGCUCACUUUUGACUACAAAAUGACAAUUGAUGAGGUAGAUGCAGAAAGCACCAAAAUGGACACUAAUUUCAGCCUGGCAGGAAUGCCGGACAUUCCUAUCAAUCGCAUCCGCAUGGAGUGCAAGUGUGGAGUAGAGAGCUGCAGGAAAUACCUGUUUUAGUCCUGCAAAGAGCAACUCUGUAUGUUACAAUUUGGCCACCUUCUUUUUGUGUUUUCCUCUAUACAAAUGUCUCUCUGCUGUAGUUUUCCAUUUAUGUAAUGGUUACCUUUUAGAUAAACUACUGCACAUUUUCAGUGAUGGUGAUAAUACUAACCGAUUUCCAGUGAUUUUGACCAAAAAAGUGCAGAUCUAUAUUAAAACAUGCAGAGUGUCUGCAUUUUAAUAUUUUUUUAUUAACACAACUUUAAUUAUAACUGAUUUUACUGUUUGCAUUUUUACAACAUUGUUUUUAGCAAUAGUUUUCACACUGUUGUGUAUUUGUGUAUUUGCUGUGUUCUUCAUUGUUCUGAAAUUGUAUUUAUGUUAUUUUAAAAAUUAUUUUAAGUAAAUCUUUCUAUGGUAAAAAUGCAUUAAUUUAUUCCUUCAUUCAUACUUAAUAACUGCUUUGUCCUGGUUAGGAUCGCAGUAGAUCCAGAGCCUAUCCAGGGGCAGGAAUACAUUUUGGAUUAGACGCCAGUCCAUUGCAGACUGUGAUAAAGCAGGUACUCACAGUUGGUGUCUCGCACAUUGAGGAUCCAAGGUUUAAUCAUGAUUUACUGUCUCCCCAUGACUAAAUGCAUCUAGGGUGUUUCCCUGCCUUGAACCCAUGGGCUCCAGAUAUACCAUGACCAUUACCAAGAUAAAGCAGUUACUAAAGAAAAUGAAUUAAUUAAUAUUCUAGAUUGUUUUAAUACCUUUUGAUACACUCAUGAACUUGUGACACACCUAGAAAGCUCAGCAAUGUGGAUUUGCUUUGAAUCAUUUGGCCCCUUUGUGUUAUGAAGCCUUUUUAGAUCUGGUUUAACACAUAACUUCCAAUAAAAUGCAGAUAUACCA